AUGGUCAAUUAUCCCACUAAUACUGACGACGAGUUUAUUACGCCAACAGGGAUACUGCAGGACCGUCCCUUAUCCCAACCCUCCUCACUAUCCGCUUUUAUCUACCGUGUGAAACUCGCUACUCUUUGUCGCGAAGUCGUUGAUGCGAUGCCAUCAAUUUGGCUGGAGGCACAAGAGCCGGAUUACGAAACCAUCCUAGCGCUAGACAGGAAGUUUCAGAACUUCCUAAGUGAGCUUCCAGCCUUCUUCAAACUAGACCCCGACAGCAUUGAACAAAGCAAGACAAUAUGUGAAGAGCGUCCCUAUAUCCCGGUCCAGCGAAUCAGUCUCCAUUUCAGUCUACACACGCGCCUCUGCCGGCUCCACCGACCCUACCACCUUGAAGGUGUGACAAACCCAAAGUACUCAUAUUCUCACCGGGUCUGUAUCCAGUAUGCGCAGAAAGUAUUAGAGUUACGACGCUUAAUGGACGAUGCGGGAGCACGGAUUGGAUUGAAACCAGGACGCUUUUGGACGACAAACCAGCAUGCUUUUCUGGCCGCUCUUAUUCUAGCUACCGAUGUUUCAUUUAACCCCGACGCACCAGAUGCGGAGGCUCGGAAGGGUAAAGUGCUUGCUGCUUAUGAGACUCUCGAGAAGUCAAAGGAAGAGUCUAGUAUCCUGGUAGAGACGAUCCAGAAAAAUAUGCAGACUCUUAUGUCAACUCUCCACAGACAGCGACCACGGCGCCUUGAUUUACAAUCAGACAUUACGGGAAUACGUAAAGAUACCCUUGUCUCGCCUAGUGAAGCCCCUCAGAACAAUGACAACUCGCAAGGUCUUUAUAAUACAUCUAUGUCUAGUCAUGCCAUAAGUACAGUGCAAUGGCCAGCGACGGAACAUCCAAUCCUGGUUGACGAUGCGGCUCCUUACAGGAACGUUCCACCUGAGCCAGGGAUGCAGGAGGAAGACUGGGACCAGCUAUGGUCAGACUUUCUAGCGGUCGCCCCAGAGCUCGACAUCCCACAGUGGAACUCCCUGUUGGAUGAUAUGGACUUCAACUUCGGUGAAAGCACAUAA